GCAAGGGUAGCUUUCUCUAUGUGGCGACAAAACGAUCAAUAUAACGCGGUCUGCGUAAAAGUAAUUGCUCCUGCCUUAAAUGGAAUAGAAAUCAGUCACAAACGCACAUCAACCAACGUUAUCAGCCGGUUAUGCCUUGGCCUACUGGAGGUUUAAUGCAUUUUAGAAUUGGCUCGCGGAAGAUAAGACUGAAAUACACAACCGGGUACCAAUAAGAGGGACACGAAGAAUGAAUGCCAGACGCGGCAGUCAGACAGAGCCAGAGGACGAUGAAAGGUAGGCUACCCCGCUGCUGAACUGGAAAUGGAAACUAAUGUGAUUGUCUAAAUGACGAAAAGCAUAGGCACAUACAUUAGUGUGCUUUCAAGAACACAGAAUAUUUAUUUUCGAAAGCUAGACCUUUAACGACGCCGCUUAGUUCUUGCUCUCUCCAUCGCAGUGGAAUUUAGCGGUUUAAUGGUCGAGAAACAGAAAACAAGGUGACAAAAAUGCUCCGAAAUGGAAAAACUAAUGGAGGACUGGCGUCUUUAUUGCCUAGCAGAAUGGCUAAACAAUAAUAAAACAUGGGCAGUGUAGUAGGGAAAUGAUCUUUGUUCGCUAGGGUCUGGCUCUUCCUGUUUGGAGUGAUAUGGCUACACUCCAUUUGAAAUAGACGUAGAAAGCGAGCCACGAACGCUGUCACUCUUAACUAUUCGUCUGAACGCACAAACCAUCACACUGGCAUAACGUACAGUUAUGUCAUGUUACCUUUGACUGUUGUUCGACGACCAUACGAGACUGACAUGCAAGGGGAAUAGGCUAGCCAAGUUGAGUAAAAUUACAACAAAAAAAGGUUCGACAGUCCAUUCGGCACCCGACGUUGCGACGUUCUACUUUUCCAGGACCAUAGACAGCGACAAUGACACGGUUGCGCAAGAAAGCUUUUAUAGCACUUUUCCUAUUUACGCUGUUUAUUUUCGGGACUAUGAUGGGCCUUAGAACGCUGAAGCCAAGUGAUGGAUUCUCAGACCUUGCCCCGGGGAUGGAGUUUGGAGGAGAGGGACCCGAUAGGAGGCGACCGGUUCCGAACGGCGUGGUAGUGUCGCCCGGCCAGUCCCACUUGAGCGACACCAAAGUGGUUUUCACAAAAUCGGACCGUGAUUACAGCAUAUUCUACGAUGUACACAUAUUCUAUUACCUGUGGUAUGGCACACCACAGAUGGACAGCAAAUACAUUCACUGGGACCACGUCCUGGUGCCGCACUGGGACCCGAAGAUUGCUGCCAGCCACGCACAGGGAAGACACACUCCUCCUGAAGACAUCGCCUCGAGUUAUUACCCCGAUCUGGGUCCAUACAGCUCCAGGGACCCCCGCGUGCUGGAGUCGCACAUGGCGCAGAUUGAAGCAGCGGCAGCAGGCGUGCUGGUCUUGUCGUGGUACCCGCCGGGAGUGGCAGACAAUCACGGGGCGCCAACUGAGGAUCUGGUGCCAGCUGUCAUGGACGCUGCCCAUAGGCACAGCAUCAAGGUGGCGUUUCACAUCCAACCUUACAAAGGACGGACCGACCAGAGCAUGCAUGACAACAUCAAAUACAUAAUUGACAGGUACGGGAAACACGGCGCCUUCUACCGGUUCAAGUCCAGCGCCGGGCAGAUUCUGCCGCUCUUCUACAUCUACGACUCCUACCUGACCCCUCCCGAGACUUGGGCGGAGCUUCUGACCACCUCGGGCUCCCACACCCUGCGGGGCACGCCCUAUGACGGCGUCUUCAUCGCCCUCAUUGUGGAGGAGCGCCACAAGCACGACAUCCUGGCCAGCGGUUUUGACGGCAUGUACACUUAUUUCGCGUCCAACGGCUUCUCCUUUGGCUCCUCCCACCAGAACUGGAAGGCCAUCAAAGCGUUCUGCGAUGGCAACAACCUGCUGUUUGUCCCCAGCGUGGGACCCGGGUAUGUGGACACGGCAGUGCGGCCCUGGAACAACCAUAACACACGGAACCGCGUCAACGGUCGCUAUUACGAGACUGCCCUGCAGGCAGCUCUGUCCGUGCGCCCGGAGAUCGUCACCAUAACCUCCUUCAAUGAAUGGCACGAGGGGACGCAGAUUGAGAAGGCAGUGCCGAAGAAGACACUGACUAGGCUAUAUCUGGACUACCAGCCCCAUCGUCCAGACCUGUACCUGGAGCUUACUCGCCGGUGGGCCGAGCACUUUAACAAGGAGAAGGACAAGUGGCUCAUGUAGGCUCGGGAACGGUGUUCUGGAUAGCCGGACUUCUUCAGUACGUAGAGACUGACUGUGGUUUUUAAACCCGCCAUUUUUCUUGUUCCACAUACUCUAUGUUCCGUCUAACCUUUGUUCCUCUCAGUACCAAUUCGAAACAUUCCAGGCUAGGAGGAAGGGAUGGGCGGCGGGCUGUGUCAAGGCAGUGCUUUCUCAAGGCUUUCUCAUGACGAACUCUGAACAUUAGAAUGUGGAUAAUCCGUUUAUUUUGAAGAGUUUUAGUCACAUUUUGUUUUUUUGUUUUUACGAGUCAUGCUGGGAGAAUAGGGAGUGAGGAACCAUCCUCAGCUGCUUGAAGCUGCUUGAGGUGGGGGACAGUGAGAAAGGUGUCUGCCUCGCCAUGUAACUUAGCUCUUCUGUUGCUGUACUGUCUCCUAUCUCCUAUUAUUUCUGUAUUUCUUUCAGAUAAUGACAAAUAAAGAUACUGUGUUCAGUCA